AUGACUGAGAAGAGUGAUAUAUGUCUGCUGGGACUGAUCCUUCUCUCUUCACUAUUCACAGGUGUGAGUGGAGCACAAGAUGUGUUCAUCAGUUCUGGUGAAAGUGUGUCUCUGUCCUGUAAUGAUGCUCUUCAUCAAUGCUCCUCAACUACAUGGAUCUACAGUAAUUAUACAAGAUCAUCUACAGUAGAAGUGUUUACUGGAGGAAUAAAUAAGAAUAACACAGAGAGAUCUGAGAGACUGAGUCUGACAUCUGACUGCUCUCUCAACAUCUAUAAAACAACACAACAUGAUGGUGGACUUUACACCUGCAGACAAUAUGUGAAUGGACAUCAUCAUGGACCUGAUUCAGAUGUUUAUCUACAUGUUCUUCAUGUGUCUUCAUCAUCAUCAUCAUCAUCAUCACAGACUGAGAUAAGAGCAAACACACCUGUCACUCUCUCCUGUCAGCUGUUUACAUAUUACUGUUAUUAUAUGUUCAGUUAUGAUGGAUUUCAGCUGGUGUGGAUGAAUCAGACUGAUGUUGAUCUACAGACAGACUCCAGAUAUCAGAUUAGAUCAGAUAAACUCUGUAUCAUCUCUCUGACUACAACACUCGUGAAUGAAGACGACAACACAGAGUUGAGAUGUGUGCUCAAACACAAGAAUGACAUCAAGACCUCAGUCACAUAUACUGUCAGA